AGCUGGAACGACCUUCCUUUUCACAUCAUCUGGGUUUUUUUGGGUUGCGGCAAUGUUUGCUCUGCUCUUACUGCAGCUUCUGCAUGCGGGAUUUGGAUCGCCUUGGACCUUGCGGUAGGAUUGCUAUCUUGUCAUGCUGUGGAAGAACUAAUUCAUGCUGUGGAAGAACUUAAAUGAGACUGUUUUGGUGGAAUUAAAAUCUUAUUUUAGUACACGACCCAAGGAAAGAACUUGCAACUUCUGCCUGAAAUAGAGAAGUACGGUAGAGUGAUUAGUCACAUCCCAGAGAAGCUUUGGGAUCGAUUAUGCCCACAACUGCUUCCUCAAGGAUGGGAAACCAUUCCGUUACAUCUCGGGCAGCUUCCAUUACUCCCGCGUUCCCCGGUACUACUGGAAAGACCGCCUCUUGAAGAUGAAGAUGGCAGGUCUUGAUGCCAUCCAAACGUAUGUCCCGUGGAACUUUCACGAAGUUGAGCCAGGAGUUUACAACUUCGCUGGUGAUCGAGACCUUGAGAGUUUCCUGCGGCUUGCCGAUGAGAUUGGCUUGCUCGUCAUCCUGAGGGCUGGGCCAUAUAUAUGUGCAGAAUGGGACAUGGGAGGUCUACCUGCCUGGCUAUUAGAAAAAGAAACCAUCGCCCUUAGAUCUUCUGACGCAGAUUACUUGGCAGCUGUAGAAAGAUGGAUGGGGGUCUUACUACCAAAGAUGAAGGUUCAUCUUUACCAGAACGGAGGCCCAAUUAUUAUGGUGCAGGUUGAAAAUGAAUACGGAAGCUACUUCGCCUGCGAUUUUGAUUACCUUCGUUACCUUCAGAGCCUUUUCCAUCAGCACCUGGGGGAUGAAGUGGUGCUGUUCACCACAGAUGGCGCAAGCAAGUUUCUCUUGAGAUGUGGGACUCUUCAAGGCCUUUAUUCCACUGUGGAUUUUGGACCAGGUUGGUUGCUGUCUUGGGCAGCGCAACUAACUGGAAGCAAGCUUGUGGGAAAUUUACUCGCAAGUGCUAAUGUCACAGCGUCAUUCUUAAAUCAGAGACACGCUGAACCUAAUGGCCCCUUGGUCAAUUCUGAGUUCUACACUGGCUGGUUGGAUCAUUGGGGCCACCGUCAUUCCGUUAUAUCAUCAUCACUUGUAGCUAAGACUCUUAGUGAAAUUCUGGCACAUGGAGGAAAUGUUAACAUGUAUAUGUUUAUAGGAGGAACUAAUUUUGGUUAUUGGAAUGGAGCCAACAUGCCUUAUGCAGCACAGCCUACUAGCUAUGAUUACGACGCCCCGCUGAGUGAAGCCGGAGAUCUCACGAAGAAGUACUUUGCUAUUAGGGAAGUCAUCGCCAUGUACAAGACAAUACCACAGGGCCCUAUUCCUCCAUCGACCCCCAAGUUUGCCUAUGGAGAAGUUCCGCUGAAAAAGGUGGGGACCGUAAGGGAUCUUCUGAACGACCUUUCACCAUCAGGACCAAUUAAAAGCACCUACCCUUUGACAUUUGUUCAAGUGAAGCAGUACGUUGGGUAUGUCUUAUACAGAACUAAGCUACCAAGAAACUGUACUGAAGAACCACUGUAUUCAACACUUAAUGGAAUUCAUGAUCGCGCUUAUGUCGUUGUGGACGGGAUUCCUCAGGGAGUUCUCGAAAGAAGCCGUAUCGUAGCGCUAAAUAUAACUGGGAGCGCUGGAGCGCAUUUGGAUUUGCUGGUGGAAAACAUGGGCCGAGUAAAUUUUGGAAGAUACAACAAUGACUUCAAGGGCUUGGUUUCGAAUUUAACUCUGGGCAAUGAGACACUUGCCGACUGGGAGAUAUACCCCCUGGACAUAGACACAGCCGUGAGCCAGGGUCUUAAGAACAAGAGGUCUGGUGGAAAUGGAUCAAGCAAUGAAGAACCUUCUUUUUAUACUGGCAGUUUUUCUAUUCCUAGCGGAAUCCCUGACUUACCUCAGGAUACUUAUAUUGCAUUUCCUGGGUGGACAAAGGGACAAAUCUGGAUCAAUGGCUUUAACUUGGGACGCUAUUGGCCAACCCGUGGACCUCAACUUACACUGUUUGUUCCAAGCAACAUCCUUGUUUCAUCCUUUCUAAACAACGUUACAGUUCUGGAGUUGGAGAAGUCUCCAUGUGGCGCUCAGAAGUGUUUUGUAGAGUUUGUAGACAAACCUGUUCUCAAUGCAACUCUUCACUAUGAAAGCAGUACCGAGAAACUGUUCACUAAAGAUUUAUGGCCGAACCAUAGAUGAUUGUAUUAGAAUGCCUCUUUACUUAGUUUAUUCUGCAGAUCCUUCAUUUCGAAUGCUAUUGGUUGUGGGGGGGUGGAAAUCAGUGUUUUUAAAAUCAGUGGAAAGUGUCAAAUUUAAUUCAUUAUUUUGAAAGUGAAAAUAAUGCCUUUUUUAUCUGCAACAAAAAAAAUUAUUCCUAUGCAUGCCAAAGGGUUUCAACAAACAAACAGGCAAUCAGUUUGUUUAAUAAAUUGUUGAACACGUA